ACUGGAUUAUGUGGAGAGGUUGGGUGGUGGUGAGAAGGCUUGCAGAUGCAGGGGAGGGAGACUGAGGGAACGCAAUUUGUUAAGGAAAAGAGGAGAAAGAAAAAUUUUUCUUAUGUGAAGAAAAAUCUUCACAUAAAAUGAGGAAAGAAAUAAGAAGUUCUCUAAGCCUUUUCUGCUCUAGCCUUUCCCCUACCCUUUAAGACAAAUCACUGUCUUGGUUUCCUAGGUAUAAUGACAUCUCUGUGCUCUUGAUGGCAAAGUUCCUUUGCUCCUACAUGUCUUCAUUCAGUCAAGGCCUGACAUUACUUAGAAGGCAAAAGAAGAACAUCAUUGGUGCAGAAAAACUGCUUUUCAUAUCGCCCCAGCCCUGCCCACUGUCCGGUCUGCCUCGGAUUUCAUCAGAGAAGCCAGGACCAUCUGCGGAGAAACUUCUGAGGGAAGAGGCCGCCCCUUCCCUCCUCCGUUCCGGUAUUGGCAGCAGCUUGUACCCAUCGAUGAAGCGUGGGGGAAUCCCAGCCAGAGCCAGCCGCCGACAGCGUGAGUCCCCCUUUCCCCUUUUCUCCUUCCCCUCUCGGCGUGUGAGGGAAUCACCCUUCGGCUUCUCCCGCAACCCCAGGGCCCAACAGCGCCCCCUGCCGGCCACCACCGAGCAACUGCAGGCUCUGCUCCUCCAGGGAUCCAACAGCGCCCCCUGCUGGUCAUGGUUAGAAUUGUGCCGAAAGGCAAAAAACUUUUUCUUUGGGUGGGAAUUUGGGUGCAGGAUUGUAGUUUGUUUUUUGUUCUUUUGGUGUGCUACCUAUACACAUAUAUGGUUUAAUAAAGGGCUGCUUUCUUUUUCUUUCUCCACAUUUCUUCCACUGGACCCUCUUAAUUCGGAUUUACAAUUGCUUAGAGGGGGAAGCUUGGUCUUCCUCAUAACUCACCCUCCUUAG